ACCCCCGGCGUUGGGCGGUCAUUGGCGGCGUGAUCUCGCCGCGGUUCCGCGGCCCUGCUGCCGCAGCCGCCUCUGCUAGCAGAGCGCAUCCGGCGGGCCGGCCCAGUGACCAUGGAGGGCGCCGAGGACGGGCCGGGCCAGCAGCCGGAGCUCGACGAGGACGAAGCAGCGUAUUGCCGGCGCUGGGGCGCGCAGCACGCCGGGGCCCGCGAGCUGGCCGCGCUCUACUCGCCAGGCAAGCGCUUCCAGGAGUGGUGCUGUGUGGUCCUGUGUUUCAGCCUCAUUGCCCACAACGUGGUCCACCUCCUGCUGCUGGCCCGCUGGGAGCACACGCCCUUCGUCAUGCUGGGUGUCGUUGCAGGGGCUCUCAUUGCUGACUUCUUGUCUGGCCUGGUGCACUGGGGAGCCGACACUUGGGGUUCCGUGGAGCUGCCCAUUGUGGGGAAGGCUUUCAUCCGGCCGUUCCGGGAGCAUCACAUCGACCCAACAGCCAUCACACGUCAUGACUUCAUCGAGACCAAUGGGGACAACUGCCUGGUGACACUGCUGCCCUUGCUGAACAUGGCCUACCAGUUCCACACCCAGAGCCCUGAAGCCCUGGAGCAGCUGUACCCCUGGAAAUGCUUCGUCUUCUGCCUGAUCAUCUUUGGCACCUUCACCAACCAGAUUCACAAGUGGUCACACACGUACUUUGGCCUACCGCGCUGGGUCAUCCUCCUGCAGGACUGGCAUGUCAUCCUGCCACGUAAACACCAUCGAAUCCACCACGUCUCACCCCACGAGACCUACUUCUGCAUCACCACAGGUUGGCUCAACUACCCUCUGGAGAAGAUGGCUUUCUGGAGACGCCUAGAGGACCUUAUCCAGGGCCUGACGGGCGAGAAGCCUCGGGCAGAUGACAUGAAGUGGGCCCAGAAGAUCAAAUAACGCCUCCAGCCUGCCACCUCAUUGCCAACCUUCCUUGGCCCCCCCAAACCGAAGCCAUCUGCCAAAUUCCAGCCUUCCUCGUGCUGGCCCCUCCACGUGGAGAGGACGCCUCCUGAGCUGGGCCUGGGCACCCCCGGCCCACCCUUUGUGACACACAAUACUUGAGCCACUGAUUUUUCAUUUCCCUUUUUUUUCCGUUUCCUUUCCUCAGCCCCCUCCCUAGUUACCUGAGCUGCUCUGUCUGCCAAGCCUGACUGCAGAGUAAGGAGCCCUUUGGGUAGAGGGGACGUUCACCCACUCCCCACACUCUGACUCCCCCAGCCCCACUGGGCAGCCCUUCCGUGUGGCUGGUGUUAAGGCCACUAAUCCUCUUGUCUGUCCCUCCUUGUCUUCUCCCAGUGGUCUAGGAGCCCCUAGGCUCACCUGAGUGUCCCUGGAGCAUUGCCCUGCAAACUGACCCUAAAGGCCUUGGGGGACAGCCCCUGCCCAGCCUGUCUAUUUAAGGAUAGCAAAGUACAGCAGGGGUCAGAGGGCAGGUGGCCAGAAGAAGCCAGAAUCCCCUGCCCAAGUCUGGACCUUCCCCUCCCCUCCCCGAUCUGCCCACGUGAUCCCAGCCAGAGCUGAUGUUUCUACAUGAAAGAAGGACGGCUUCACAGGGCACAGCCCCUACGAGGGUCUGACCAUUUGGAAGGGGACACAGUACCCCCUCUGGCCAGGGGGCUGUCAGAGAAGGAAGAGAGGGCUUUUUUUUUUUUUAAAGGUGCUUGCUUGUUUAAUGUAAAUAAUAGAAAGCCUUAAUAUCUUUUCUGUAACACGGAGUGAUAUUUUAAUGUCAUGUUUUGGAUGUACAUAAUAUAUUUAUAACAAAGCAGCAAGAGUCUACUUCACCUGGGCUGCCUCCUGUUUCCUGGUUGGCUGGGGAAGGGGUGUAAGAAGUUUGGAGGGUAAGGCCCUACCCCUAGCCUCUUCCUAGCUCCCCUCCCCACCCCCCAACUCUGGGCUCAGGAUGGGGGCUUUGUCACCUGAGACAGUGAAUUAAUGUUGAUAUCCACUUCAAACACUUGGAGUGGAUCCAUGAUUUGGUCAGGAAUGGUCCUCUUACAGGAGAUCAUGAUGAUAGAGUAUUAAGGCUGAUCCCCGUUAGUGAAUUCCUUCAGCAAAUGUUUAUUGGCAUUUAGUGUGUGCCAGGCUCUGACCUGGACCCUGGGGCACAGCAGUGAACAUAAACAGAAAAUGACUUACCCUAGUGGAGAUGACCUCCUGGGUAGAGGGACAAUAAACAGAAAUAAAUGCACAUGGGCAUUCAGAUGUUGAUUUGUAAAGAAAAUCAAACAGCAUAGAGAAAGCAGAGUGGGGCUGUUUGGCAGUGUGGUCUGGGAUGGCCUGUCUGUCUGACAGGUGACAUUUGAGCUGAGAUCUAGAGGAAGAUAAGGAGCCAGCUGAGGAAAGAAUUGGGGAAAGAGGCCUCUUGACUGGACAGCAAGUGCAAAGGUCCUGAGGCAGGAACAACUUGGGGUUUUUAAGAGACAGUGUGAUUGGACUGAAGUGAGCAAGGGGAAGGUGGAAGAUGAGGUUAAAAAAGACAUUACACAGAACCUCUUGGGCUGAGGCAAGUGGGGAGACAACAUUUCAGACAAAUGAGUAACUUGUUCAUUCAUUGAACAAAUAAUUAUAAGGCAUUUCCUAUGUGCUAGGCACUGGGGUUCAGUAGUGAACACUACACGCAUUACAAUCAAUAUCUAGUCUGGGCUAGAGAAUUUCUGCAGUAUUAGAAGAAAAAGCCUGUUGAGGACAGAGAAAUGACAAAAGACUCUUAGAGCAGUCACAGAUAAAGCUCUUUUUAAAAAUUGUGACCCAUAACUUUAAUUUCCUUAAAGUUUGUCUCCCACUAGAUUUUUUGACUUGUGACUGUCUAAAGGGACCACAAAAGGAAGGGGUUUUAGAAUUCAUCAACUCAUAAGUUACAGAAAACUUAAGCAAAAAUAAUUUUAUAUAAGUUCAUAUAACUGAAAAGUUCACAAGAGGUUUUGACUUAAAGUUUGGCAAGACUCGGGCUCACAUGACUCAUCAGAACGUAGUCUCUAACUAGUUCUUGUUUUUCUCUGAGUUGACAUUGGACCAGCGAGGCAAUCUCAGUGGGAAGUCUCCUUUCCCAGCAGUUACAGCAAAAGCCCCAGGGCAGGUUCUCAUUGGCCUGGAUUGGGUCAUGUGUUUAUUCCUGAACCAGUCACCAUGGGGGAGGGAGGGCAUGGUGGUGGAGAGGUGUUCUGAUUGGCCAGGGCUGAAACAUGUUCACCUGGAAUUGCAGAGGCAGGAUCAACACUUCCCAAGCCACAGGAUGUGAGGAGAGAGGGAUGGCUCCCAAAAGAAAAGGUGUUAUCAAAGAAAUCCACAGUGGAAUGGGCCAACAACCAAACCCUUUGGAGGGGCCAGAAAAGCAGUCUUGGGGUUUAGGUGUUGGUUUCCCACUCCCAGGCCUGCUGGAGAGAUUUUCCAGGCCCUACCAACCUGAGUUAGUUCUCCUGAGCCGGCAAAUAAACAGCCUGAGUCCACAGAGGUGAAGUGACUUGCCCACAGCUAGUAAGGCAGAGCCGGGCCUCACGCUCAGACCAGUUCCAUACUCUUGAAUUCAAAAAUGUGUUCAAAACCAGAAGGAGGCCCAGCAGCCAUGGCUCAGUGGUAGAGCAUCGACCUAUGAACCAGGAGGUCACCGUUCGAUACCUGGUCAGGGCACAUGCCUGAGUUGCAGGCUCGAUCCCCAGUAGGAGGCGUGCAGGAGGCAACUGAUCAAUGAUUCUCUCCCAUCACUGAUGUUUCUAUGUCUCCCUCUCCCUUCCUCUCUGAAAUAAAAACAAACA